CCUGCCCCCAACACCACCCGUACAGAGCGGCUGUGGAUAGUUCAUAACCUUUGCACUAUCGAUAGUCAUGUCUGGACAGCCAGAGUCAUCGUCUGCAGGGGCUCGAAAAGCUCUAAAUGCCGGCAACAAUGCAGCGACGGCCGACUACGAAUUACCCUGGGUAGAAAAAUACAGACCUGUCUACCUAGAUGACGUUGUUGGAAACUCGGAGACGAUCGAGCGACUCAAGAUCAUUGCAAAAGAUGGCAAUAUGCCUCAUGUCAUAAUAUCUGGGAUGCCAGGCAUCGGGAAAACAACUUCCAUCCUCUGUCUGGCCCGUACCCUGCUAGGCGAUGCAUACAAAGAAGCUGUCCUUGAGCUGAAUGCAAGUGACGAAAGAGGUAUCGACGUGGUCAGAAACAGGAUCAAGGGUUUUGCUCAGAAGAAGGUGACGUUGCCUCCUGGCCGACAUAAACUUGUUAUUUUGGACGAAGCAGACAGCAUGACUGCUGGUGCGCAACAAGCCCUUCGAAGAACCAUGGAAAUUUAUUCGAACACAACACGAUUCGCAUUCGCUUGCAACCAAUCCAAUAAGAUCAUCGAACCCCUGCAGUCGAGAUGCGCAAUCCUGCGAUAUUCGAAGCUCACAGACGCGCAAGUGGUACAACGGCUGAUGCAAAUUAUUGAGGCAGAGCACGUCCAAUAUUCCGAAGAUGGUCUGGCGGCGCUCGUGUUCAGUGCGGAGGGAGAUAUGCGACAGGCUAUCAACAACCUGCAAAGUACCUGGGCUGGAUUCGGGUUCGUCAGCGGUGACAAUGUGUUCCGAGUCGUGGAUAGUCCUCAUCCAGUCAAAGUGCAGGCUAUGAUCAAGGCGUGCUGGGAGGGCAAGAUUGACAGCGCAAUCGACACAUUGAAAGAGUUAUGGGAUCUGGGAUACUCCUCACACGACAUCAUAAGCACUAUGUUCCGGGUGACUAAGAUGAUUCCUACGCUUUCGGAACACUCGAAACUUGAAUUCAUCAAGGAGAUUGGCUUCACCCAUAUGCGCAUCCUGGAGGGAGUGCAAUCUUUUCUGCAACUGAGCGGCUGUCUGGCGAAAUUGUGCAAAAUUAACAUGAAGCCUGGGUUGUUCGAACCACCAGCCUGAAAAGAUCCUCAAUGUGAAACUUCUAAACUUUAGAAAAAGGAAAUUUGGGGCCGACUUCGUGUCAAAGGAUUCAGCACCAAGGACAGCCUUCUCAAGACUGAAGACGCUAAACACCGGUUAGCUUGCCUCCCCAAGCCGUCGGACCCGACAAUCGACUUCUCAAGGCCCCUACGCGGGCCCCUCAGGUGCCGAUCACCGACAUGAAGCAAAUCGACGCCCAUAGGGCUGCAGUGAAGGGGCUUGCGCGUCACUAGAGAUCUGGUGAUACAGUCCUCACAGUCCAUGAUUAAUGAUUUCUACGAAACUUGUCUGUAUGAGAGAGAAGGAUUUGAUGUUGCGUACCCGUGUAACUUGGCGGUGGGACAAUGUCCCUUCAGUGCCGUUGAACCUUCAGAUCGAUGCCAUCACGCUACGAUGGAGCCAAGCAAGGUGGGACUCUGGCCGCAGAUCAGGCUGGACUCGCGAUAACGAAGAGAACUGUGUACUGUGUACUGUGUACUCCGAAUUACACUCCCUUAUUGGGAG